ACCAAAAAAGACAACCCACAAUGAAGAAGCCAUGAAAGGGACAAAUGUUAGCACCCCAGCAGGUUUCAUCUUACUGGGCUUUUCUGACCAGCCUCAGUUGGAGAUGGUUCUCCUUCCAGUCGUCUCUGUCAUAUACAUUCUGACAUUGAUGGGGAACACAGCCAUCAUACUGGUCUCAUACUUGAACCCCAAACUCCACACACCCAUGUACUUCUUCCUCUCUAAUCUCUCCUUCCUGGACCUCUGUUUCACUACCAGUGUUGUCCCACAGAUGCUUUGGAAUCUCAAGGGCCCUGAGAAGACCAUUAGUUACACUGGUUGUGGGAUCCAACUAUACAUUGCUUUGGGGCUGGGCUCCACGGAGUGUAUCCUCCUAACUGUUAUGGCCUAUGACCGCUUCAGUGCUAUCUGUCGACCCCUUCACUAUGGGAUCAUCAUGCACCCCAAGCUUCUUUGGCAACUAGCAUCUGUGGCCUGGAUCAGUAGUUUUGUGGGGUCCACAGUUCAGACGAUUCUUGUUUUCCAGUUGCCUCUCUGCAGCCACCACACAAUGGAUGAUUUCAUGUGUGAGGCACCCGCCCUUAUUAAAAUUGCCUGUGUGGACACAACCUUCCUGGAAAAUGAGCUCUCCGUAGCUAGUGUCCUCUAUGUGGUUAUACCUCUGGGACUUAUUUUGGUCUCCUAUGGCUGCAUUGUGAGGAGUGUGCUGAGGAUAAAAUCAGCUGAAGGCAGAAGAAAAGCAUUUGGGACCUGUGGGUCUCACAUGAUUGUUGUGCUUUUGUUCUUUGGAACUCUAAUUUCUUUCUACAUACAACCCAAUAGCAAGUACACACAGAAGCACAGUAAACUCCUCACCCUCUUUUAUACUGUAGUGACUCCCUCACUUAAUCCUUUAAUCUACACCUUCAGAAACAAAGAGGCUAAAUGGGCUUUGAAAAGGCUGCUGACAAGUGACCUGAGAUAGGGAGAAAUGUGAA